AUGCCGGGGCUGGCGACCGAGGAGGAGAUGGACGACUGGAGCCCGGCCCCGCCACUCUAUGAGGAGUACCGCCCGCCGCCACUGGACACCAUCCGCCUGCCCAGGUACGUGCUGUACCUGCUGCUGGCUGCGUUCCUGGUGGUGGCCGUGGCCUACGCCAUCGUGGGCCAUCUCAUCAAGGACCUUGCCCACGAUCUGGCUGACUGGGCUUUUGGCCCGAAGCCGGAUCAGGAGGACGCCCCCCGGGAGCUGCCCGAGAGCCCCGAGGGCGAAGACCUGGAAGAACUGGACCUGCAGCUGGCUCUGGCCUGGCGGGGCGAGGAGGACGCGGGUGGGGGUGGCGAGGGGGCCCCCGCAGAAGCCCUCACCCGGGCCCCCCGCCGCCCCUCCAUUGCCUUCAAAGAUCCACCAGUCCGGAGCUCCUUUUGGAAGCUGGUCUGAGCUGGGCCCUGCCCUGGGGCCCAGGAGGCUGGGUCCAACCCCUUUGGUGGUUGUAUUAAUAUAAAGUGGACUCAUGCCCAUCAGAGCCUUUUCUCCACUGAUCUGCGCUGUCUUGACAGAGAAAACAUGGUCUUUCUUGGCUGGCGGGCUCCAGUGGUUGGACACUGGUUUAGUUGCAUGCUCUGGCUUCCCCUGUUCUGCCAGAGCCUAACCCAACUCAGUUUCCACCAAGCCCUGGGCAACCUGUAAACCAAAAAUACUAAGGAGAUUUAAAAAAAAGAGAGAUCACAAUAGCGGCCAACCCUUAGCUAGAGCUGUGGGAUGCUAAGCAAGCCUUUUCUGUAUUUUCUUUCAUUCAAUCCUCCAAUGUGGGACUUAUCCAUCUAUUUACCAGAUGGGAAAACGGAGGCAUGCAGCCAGACAUGACUUGGUUGGAGCAGAGAGAAUUUUUUCUGGGAUGAGGCCAGCCCAGCCAGCGACCUGCCUGGGGAAG